AUGGCAUCUCUGCAUUCAACCGGUGAUGGUUUGUCUUUGAAGAAGCCCUCUUUACGCUCACACCGACGAUCACGGGUCUGCCACCAAGCGAAUAGCGAAAAAUAUCUUCAUUGCCAGCAGCUCCGAUUCCGCUCUCGGCCAGCAAGGAAGUAUUCGCAGGCAGAGACUCUCACAAUCAACGACACCUAUGCUUCACCCGAUUACGAACCACGAGCCGAUCCGCUCUUGGAUAUUCUGGAAGCAGGCACACCUGUCGUUCAGCACCAGGAUUCCGGCAAGAAUGGGCCAGACAAUGAAUCCAGGCCAACGCUCAUCCGAACAAGCAAUGACCUGGAUGUCGACUUCGACCUUUUCGAGGCCUCCUGCUCCGAUGCCGCGCUACGGUUAACAAAUUCCUGCCUCUCCAUGGUCACCAACCUGGAUCUGGCUUUGCGAGACUAUCUCCUGGAUCAAUUCUGGAACUACUUCAAUGCUUGCAUACCCGUUGUGCAUAAGUCAGCUUUUCUUGCUAGCUUCCAAGAAAGAUGUGAUGACUUUUACUCGCCAGAAUUGCAUCUUGCAGUCCUUGCGAUGGGUCUUCAAAGAGCGGAUCACGGGCGGGAAGAUGUUCAGUCGCUGUUGCUUCCUAACCGGGACACUACACUGCAUAAGGAGUUGAGACUGGCAAUGAACAACCUGCCACCACGGCAGACGAGAAAUAUUACACAUGCACAAUCUGCUAUUCUUCUUGGACUGCUCGAAUGGGAACGUGGGCUAGGCCAUACCGCAAGACUCUGGCUAGACGCGGCUUUCGCAAUCAUUACGGAUCUCCAAGAUUGCCAUCCAGAUUUCAAGACACAACUUUCAGACGAUGCACAUAUUGUGCACCGCAUCGUCGUGCGUGCGGCCAGCCUAAUCCACGGUCAGUGGUCUCUGUUCCAUCAAAGCCUCCAUCCUCCAUUCGGUGCUCGGCCCCUGAAUCUAGCAACUUCUGGUCGCUUGUCUAGCAAUCCCCACUCUUCCAUGGUCGCGCAGGACCUGGCUUCGCAGAUCUACAAUGCGCAACUGGAACUCAUGAGCAUGGCCAAAGAUGGAAUGGAGCAACUGCAGUCCCUACCUAGUCUCCCCGCCGGGGACCCUUUCCCUCUACUGAAUCAAAUGCAGAGCCGGCUAAAAGAUUGGUAUGAUAACCUUCCAGAUGGAAUGAGCUGGAAAGAACAUCAAACACAGACGCCGUCUCUUUCGAGUUUCUUUCUUCUGCAUCAGCAAUACCACUCCGUGAUCCUCCUCCUAUACCGCCCUUACACAUCUUGCGAGUCGUUGAUGAAACUGCAACGCCGAAGGAAUAAGACAGAUUUGAGGCAGUUAUCCAAUGCACUUGGCAGCAUUUUGCUAACUCAAGCGAUGCGAUUAACGGACGUGCUCUCGGAGUACCAUAGUCAGCAUGUCUCCAAUACCAUUCAUUCUCUAGCAGUCCAGCAAGCAGCACUUGCCGCAAGUGUUCUCUUAACCAAGAGAAUACGGGCAGCUGGUGGCAACCUUCUGCGUGAUUCCAUCCACGGCCGGCUCAGUUUCUUACAUCGAUUCUUCAUUGACAUCUCGCCCGUCCAAGGGCCAGCUGAACAGAUAGCGCACACCAUGCGGCCGCUCCUCGACGCCAUGACUAGCGACAGUAAUACUAUCAACAGGGAUACUCCUCCGCAAACAUGGCAAAAUACCUCCUCUCACGCGGGUGAGAUGUAUCGGCAGAGGUCAGGUAUCCCAGAAAGAGCAAAUAAAGCUACUUCGCCCGACCACAGUAACUGGUUUUACAACAAAGGCGAAGGAGAGAGCCUCAGUCACGACCCGCUGCCAGGUCAACUUGGCGGUGAUUGGGACCCGAUAGUACAACGGGACAAUGCCACAACCACAGUCGCUGGUGGAUUCGACACAUACAAGAAGAGGAGCAGUGAUAUGCCGUCACUAAAUCGAGUCACGGCUGGAGCAGAUCACAUCAACCAUCAGGAUGAGGGCGCUGCAGUGUUGCAAAGCCCCCCUAGUUCUAUCCUCCGAGAGCUCUUCUCUUCUCACAGCCAAUCCUUCGACCACGGUCUGAACAAGGGAUAUUUCGGGAGUACGCCUUCAUCGUCUCACGGCAGCUUCGAUAGAAUUUCAGCCUAUGCGAGAGAACGUAGCAACCCGCCCUCAAGACCGGACUCGCGGCUUAACCAGAUGUUCCACGUCGGUAUGGAUGACCUAGACUUGUGCAACCCUACCGUGAUGGACACACCAGAAAGCGAGGACGGUGAUGGCGCCAGCGUUCCAUGGUCUGAGGCAUUCAAGACGCUUGUGGCCGUCAAUCGGAAACGAGCUGGAUCGGAGAAAAUGAAUGCCAACGAGUUUGGCGACGUCAUGGGCUGCGUUUUUAAGCUGUGA